AUGGGAAGACCUCCUUGCUGUGAUAAGUCCAAUGUAAAAAGGGGCCUUUGGACUCCAGAGGAAGAUGCUAAAAUGCUUGCUUAUGUAUCCAAUCAUGGAAUUGGAAAUUGGACAUUGGUUCCAAAGAAAGCAGGACUGAACAGAUGCGGCAAGAGUUGCAGGCUAAGAUGGACUAACUACCUAAGACCUGAUCUCAAGCAUGAUGGUUUUACUCCCCAAGAAGAAGAGCUCAUAAUUAAUCUUCAUGGAGCUAUAGGCAGCAGGUGGUCUUUAAUUGCAAAAAGAUUACCUGGGAGAACAGACAAUGAUGUCAAAAACUACUGGAACACAAAACUGAGGAAGAAGCUUAUGAAGAUGGGAAUUGAUCCAGUAACCCAUAAGCCAGUGUCACAGGUUCUCUCUGACUAUGGAACCGUUAGUGGACUACCAAGCACAGAAAACCAAAUGAGUUUUGUCAACAAGGAGGACUUGAUGAGCAACAUGUCAAUGGUGGAGCACACAGAAGAGGAUCAAGCUCACUCUUGGGAACAUCAGGUUCAGUACCAAGUCAUGAACCCAGAGAAUGUGCAACCACAUGUGUUUAGUGAAGCUGCGUCCUCAAGCUCAUCUUCAUCUUCCUCUAACCUCACGCAAUUAUGCUCGCCGCCACAAUCCUAUUCUUGCCAAACUUCUCAGACUCAAAUCAUUGCCCCUCCUUGUUCUUCCUUUGAUUGGAGUGAGUUUCUUCAGUGUGAUCCAUUUGUGUGGUCAGAGUUUCAGCAGCUGCAACAGUGUGAGUUGGAGAAGGUUAUGUCAUCAUUGAGUUCCACUGGUCAAAUUGAAAAUGGAGUUGAACCUUCCAAUAAUGUUAAUUCCAAUAGCAAUGGCCAAGACAAGCAAGGUGCUGCAGGGGAGGGUUAUGGGGCUGUUGCUUGUGAAGGCCAUUCAUCUUCAGGGAAUUCAUUUGUGGAUGGUAUUUUGGACAGGGAUAGUGAGAUAAGAGCAGCAUUCCCAGAACUUUUGGAUGCUUCUUUUGAUUACUAAGUGCUUGUAUCACACAGUUUGCUAUUUCCGAAUGAUCUUCAG